AUGGCCGCGAAGCGUAAAGCCCCCAAGAAGCCGAAAGGCAUCCCGAAGAACACGAAUGCAGCUCGAGCGCCCACACCGCGCAAGAAUACAGUCUCCAGCAAUGCAAACACACCAAUCCCCAACCACCCCUGGAUCGGCCUCUCCGCAGCCGCCAGACGCGACCUCGAUCUUCAAAACUACGGCUUCAAGAACAGCAAGGUUCCCUCCGUCUUACCCGUGCUGAAGCUUCCGCGCUUGAAGCUACCGAACAGGCGAUCUUUUGUUCAGCGCUUCAUGGACCUCAUGCAGAACAAGAUCUUCGCCCUCCGCGAGUACUUCCUGCCAGAAGUCAAGAACCUCAUCUGGCACAACAUCGACAAGACGAAGCGGGCCAAGAGCGAGCAGUCCAUGUUGGCCGAGGCUGCGAAUCCCAACGGUCUGUUGGCUGUCUCCUAUCGCGCACAGGACUGUAUCCGUCUGAUUCUAUGCUAUGUUGCGUUGUUUGCGAUGGAGGAUAAGUGGGAGGAUACGAAUGGCGUUUUGGGUGGGAAUGAUGAGUACCGCAAGGCGGAGCGCGCGAUUAAUCUGAUCAACCGCAAUGCCAUCUGGGAGAAGCUGAGGCUGGAAAUUGCGGACCAACUACCUGGUAAUGAUAAGGGGACGAGGGAGCAGCGCGCUGAGUUCGUCUUGCAGGGAGCUUUGAGGCUUGCUGGGGAAGGUGAUCACGCCGAAGAGACCGGGGAGAUGUGA